CCUGACUGGCAGAGGCUGGUGAUCAGAAGCAGCGGCAAACCCCCAGCAAGACGAAUGAAAUGAAAUUUGCUUUUGCCGCCACCCGCUUUUCCCCAAUUUCUUUAGUAUAUUGAAGAACUGGCUGUAAACGCUGCUUCCCUCCUCCUGACAGUGUGAAGCGGACACAAGGCUUCCAGCGUACAGAUUCACCAUGGGGAUCAAGACUGCCCUCCCUAGAUAUGAGCUGUAUCUCUACACAGCAGUACUUGCUGUGGCCGUGAUAUGGGCAGGCAGUUGGAUAUUUGAAGCCUCGAGUGAGAAUGUAAACAGAAAGUCCUUUAAAGAAAGCGUGAAACCAGGAUGGCACUACUUUGGCAGGAAAAUGGAUGUUGCGGACUUCGAAUGGGCGAUGUGGUUCUCGACAUUCCGCAAUCAUAUCCUUUUUGCGCUCACUGGUCAUGUGAUCUUUGCCAAGAUAUUUACCCUGGUAGCUCCAAAGAUUGGUGUAAAUGGAUGUAAGCACAGAUCCUUGAUCUUUGGGGUGUAUGGCGGUUUGGCAGUCCUAAUAACGAUGGGCUGGACCUUCAUGGCUCUGGUCCUGUCUCAUUGCAUCAUACUCUACAGCGUGGCUCUGGUCAAGAUUAAAUGGAUGUGCUUUGCAGCAGGCUUGAGUACGCUGGCCUCCCUCAAGCUGGAGCCCUUUAACUCCUGGCAGGAAGCCUUGGUGACUGGUUCCUUCAACCUUCAAGACAUCCUGUUCUACGGAGGUUGUGGCUUCAGCAUCAUGCGCUGUAUGAGUUUUGCUUUAGAGAACUGUGAGAAGAAGGAUGGCAACUACACAUUCUCAGACCUGGUGAAAUACAACUUCUACCUCCCAUUCUUCUUCUUUGGACCUGUAAUGACGUUCGACCGGUAUCACGCCCAGACAAAUAACACUCAGCUGACCCGUAAGGAGAGGGAGAUGUGGAACAUCACCACCAAGGCCUUGUUGCACCUGGGAGUUAUUCUCGUGGUGGACGUCUUCUUCCACUACCUUUACAUCUUGACAAUACCCAGUGACAUGAAGCUGGCCACCAAGCUGUCUGACUGGUGUCUGGCUGGACUGGCUUACUCCAACCUGGUGUACGACUGGGUGAAAUCAGCUGUAAUGUUUGGUGUCGUUAACACCGUGGCGACGCUGGACCACUUGGACCCUCCGCAGCCUCCCAAGUGUAUCACCAUGCUCUAUGUCUUCGCUGAGACGCACUUUGACAGAGGCAUCAAUGACUGGCUGUGCAAGUAUGUUUAUGACUACAUUGGUGGAAAUCAUGAUAAAAUCUUCAAAGAACUUCUUGCAACAACCUGCACUUUUGCCAUCACCACCUUGUGGCUGGGCCCAUGUGAGUUGGUUUAUAUCUGGUCCUUUUUCAACUGCUUUGGCCUCAACUUUGAGCUGUGGGUGGCCAAGUUCUUCUCCCUUCCACCAUUUUCUACCAUAGAGAGUGCGAUGGGUGAAGCAAUGUCACGCAGGAUCCGUGGCGUGUUCAACGCUGCCAACUUCUGGGCUAUCGUCCUCUACAACGUUCUCUCCCUGAACAGUUUGGAGUUUGCCAAAAUGGUGGGCAGAAGACUGAUUUUCAAAGGUUUUCCUCUGUCCACCCUCUCAGUGUUACUCGUGACCUACUGUGGUGUGCAGCUGGUGAAGGAACGAGAGAGACAACAAGCCCUGCUGGAAGACCCAGAGCCAGUGAAGCCGGUGGAUGGUGGCAAAGAAAAGGCAGAAUAACCAGGCAGAAAAACAGUUGCACAGACAUAGUGGUCCACGGGCGCUCACGUGGUUCCACCCUCAGCCUUGCGAACUGUAACAGAACCAGACUGUAAACAGCCAGUCAGCACCUAUAUCGUUCAAACCCGGUGUUUUUGCGAGGCACUGUUUCAAACUGUGAAAUCCGCAAGUGCACUUGCUGUUGAUAAUCGCCACAUCCUUUGGCACAAACCCACCGACAGUGCAUUUUAUAUUUGUAUUGAUCUGAACAAAAGAUUGUUGAAAAUAUUACAAAAAACCCUGAAAAUAUACCUAAAAGUACUUUAGGACAUAUAGUAUUUUAAAGGAAAAACUACUCUGAUCUGUGUGCUUCUGCAUUUUUAUUUUUCUUCUUUGUCUUUUUUUUUAAUCACCAUCAUUAUUUUUCAUUUUAUUGAGAUGGUGUUAACUUUGCCUUAGACCCCAAUCAUAUUAAUCUGUAAUCAAACUGAAAGGAUAAAACCUGAAAAAAAACUUGAAAUCGGGGUGCCGCAAAUGGAGUGCAAUAAAGAAAACAAAGAAAGGGUGCUGUGGAGAUCCUCCACAAAGCUUGCAGCUGAUUGUAAUGUACAGUAUAAUUGUUUUACUCUUAUUAAGAAAAUUAUAAGUGAAGGUAAAGUACUGUAUUUUAGUUUGAGAAUGUAUCAGAUCUCCUGUGAUUUUAAGUAUUGAAUGUAGCUAAGUCACUGGAAACCUUUCAGAGAAUGAUUGCCUUACCAUACCGUCCUCAGGAGAUCGCUGUAGGUGUAGGUGUGGGAUUUUGGCCCAUCAUCCUCACUCACAUGACAAAUACCCCGACUCCAAAGGCCACACGCACAGCAGGGGAUAUGGGUCGGUGUUAUCCUGCCUGUCAGUAAAACCUGCUGUGUGUCUUCAGUGCAGCAAGCAGAGAGAAAAACACAGAUUGCAUUGCUUUUCUCCACUUUGGGGUAUUUCUUUUAAAAGUGUUCAUUUAAAAUUUGACUUGUAAUGAAGUUGUGUUUCAUUCAGAGGGGACACUCCUGCUACAAGUUUGUUUUGUUGCUGUUUGCAGUGAAAAUCUUUGUGUAUGUGCGUUGGCCUGGAGGGUCUGUAUUAAAACAUUUGAACAAAUUAA